AUGUCAACAUCCUUAGUAUUUCCAUUGGGUUUUCUAAUUUCAUCAAUAUUAUGUAUUUCAUGUGUAUCAAUAUAUCGUCCAUUAUAUGUUUCUUCUUAUGAUGACAAUAAUCCACCUUAUUAUGGUCAAUUCAAUAGCAAUGAAGAUGAUUAUAUUCCCGUAGUGAUUUAUCCAAAAUAUGCAUCUAUUCAUAAGUUGCAACGAUCACUUCCAUAUUAUCCUCGGACAAGUCGUAAUUCAUGGUAUCGUGUAUCAACUUAUCAACAUAUGAAACCAACUGCUGAAUCAGAAGAAAAAUCUGCUGGUGAUAAUUUGAUGCGAUGGGGAUGA